AUGAAGCUUCAGCAAUGCUAUCUAUAUAGCUCCCUCCGGUGGUUACCGCGACGGUCCUCACUAUUCGCACAUACGUCCUUCUACACCCUCCACCGAGCUCUGUUCACCACAAAACCGACAUCCUCCCAGGCAUCUUUCCAGCCAACUCCUCUCAACACCCUCGAAGAUGCCAGUGUGAACUAUUUCCGCGAAACAAGCUUCGUCCCAGAGCAACCGGCCGUCUUCCCCCGCCAGCAUUUCCGCCACAAUCUGCCCGCCUUCGAGCGCUGGUUCCGACCACCCUCCGCGUCCACUGCCGCUCAACUAAAUACGGAGUAUCUGGCGCAACACGGCGCCAAUGCAUUUGUCCCGCUAGAGCUCACACAAUCGCAACCCGCCGCGCCAACCACCGACUCCCCAACGCAGCCCGAUAAUCUCACCUUCCGGCAAUUCCACGCGCCGCUGAGCCUAUUCCUGGAAUGGAUGCGCACCGCAGAAACCCAGCCCCAGUCAGCACGCCUCUACCUGGCACAAUGCCAAUUGACCGACCUGCCCCCGGCCCUCCGUGACGACUUCCCGACCCCCGAUAUUGUACGCCUGGCUGGGAAGGGCGACGUGUAUGAUACCAAUGUCUGGAUCGGGUGUCCACCAACGUAUACACCGCUGCAUCGGGACCCGAAUCCGAACUUGUUCGUGCAGCUUGCGGGACAGAAGGUCGUGCGGCUCCUCCCACCGAGCGAUGGCCAGACGUUAUUUGCGACGGUAAGGCGACAGCUCGGUCAGAGUGGCGGGCGCGAGGCGGCCGCUUUUCGAGGGGAGGAGAUGAUGCAGGGGCGGGAGAGAGAGCUUCUGGAGCAGGCCGUUUGGGGAGAUGGGCCUGCGGACUCGGGGCCCAGAUACCAGGGGUAUGAGGCGCGUUUAGAAGCGGGGGAUGGGAUGUUCAUCCCCAAGGGGUGGUGGCACAGUAUUAAAGGGGUUGGAGAUGGGGUUACAGCUUCAGUCAAUUGGUGGUUCCGAUAG